CACUUCCGUCGACCUACAUUGGAACCAAUGGCAUCGCAGCAGAACAGGCGGUCCAGAGGCAGGUUUAAAUGCGCCGCCAGCCUGCGCGCAGGACAAGAGAAGCCUUGCUGCAUCUGAAAGUUUGCAGAAGUGAAUACUUCUAAUAACAGUGCAAAGUCAGGAUGUCAAGCGAACGACCGUUUAAAGAACUGAGUGAGAAUUUGGAGGGAUCCCUGUGCAGGCCUCAGAGGAGUAAAUGGAAAAAGCGGCCCUCCUGCAGUGGGGGUCUAGACACCGAGAACACUCCGAACGAGCUCAUCCAGCAGUGGUCACCCCCACACAAAAAGAUCCUGACUUCUGCAAAAGGGAAAGAAAAUGAAGAAAACGCAUUUGUUCUUGCCAGACGUCCCAGGAAAAGAAGAGAAUCGUCAGCAGGCUUGUGUUUGGACAGUCUGCCUGAUGAGCUAUUGCUGGGAAUCCUGUCUCGUCUCUCACUGCAAGAUCUCCUCCGGACAUCACGGGUCUGCAAGCACUGGCAUUGUUUAGCGUUUGAUGAAUCUCUGUGGCACAGUGUGGACCUGGUGGGAAAGGCUCAGUUAGAUGCUGAGCUUGGGCAGGUUCUCUCAGCUGGAGCCUUGAGGCUGCGCUGUCCACACACCUGCAUCGUUCAAUCCAGCUUUAAAAGUGCCCAGAAACUUCGUGUCCAACAUCUGGAUUUAUCAAACUGCACAGUGGAGACGUCUGUUCUCGAAGACAUCCUGUCACGCUGCAAACAUCUACAGAAUCUCAGUCUCGAAGGACUGGUGCUCUCUGAUAGCAUAAUUCAUUCUCUGGCUCAAAAUACUGAAAUUGUCCGACUGAAUUUGUGUGGCUGUUCAGGCUUUUCCCCUGAAUCGCUGGCUGAGAUGCUGAAAUCCUGCACUCGAAUUGAAGAAAUGAAUGUGUCAUGGUGUGACUUCAAUAAUCUCCAUGUUCAAGCCAUUGCUAACAACACUCCCUCCAGCAUCUCUCAUCUGAACAUCAGUGGUUACAGACAAAACCUCACCAUGGAAGACGUUAAAGCUGUAGUAAAACGAUGUCUGAACCUUACAAAUCUAGAUUUGAGUGAUAGCGUGCUUGUGACAACAGACAGUUUCCCAGUCCUGCAGCAACUUUCCUCCUUGAGACAUCUGGCACUGAGCCGCUGUUAUCAGAUCCACCCAGCUGCACUCAUUGACUUUGAAAAGUUUCUAAAUUUGCAGACCCUGGAGGUCUUCGGGCUCAUACAGGACAGCUACCUGCCCAUUCUUUGUAAAGGUCUACCGCACAUACAGAUCAACACACAGCCUUUCUCCACUGUGGCACGUCCCACCUCGGCAUCAAGAAAGGAUCGCACACUUUGGGGAAUGCACUGUCGACUUGUGUACAAACACUGAUGUUUUUAAUCCAGGAUGAUUACAGGGUAAACCAAGUUGUAAAAUAGCUUUUAUAAUAGUCCAUAUCUCUCUUAAUUGUGCCCUAUUAGAAUUAUUUGUGAUUUUAAAAAAUGUCUUUAACAUCACUGGUAAGUCCUCGUUUUAUAUUGUUACAGUUUUAAUUUUAGUGAAGAUGACAAUUGUGUUGGAGGUCCUGACAAUCUUGAAUUGAGUGGCGUUCUUAUGUUGCAGCAAAGAUCAUAUGGUUUAUCACAAAAUAAAAGAUGAAGAGUGACUUAGUGUUUUGGUACCAAUAGCUAUAAUUUUGAAAAUGAGUUUCACUAGAUGUUUAUUGCUUCAGGUGAAAUCUAGAAUAUAAUGGUAGGUUCUGUUUGUCACUCAAGAUCUGUUUUCCUGCCAUGAUCAAGUACAUUUCCAGUUUUACUCUAGGAUUAUCUAGUUUAGACAAUGGUUUUAUGGUAAUCUUAAAAUGUUUCCAAAUAGUUUUACUAUAUAGAAGUAUUAAAACGGGUGCUUUCAGAGCAGAGAAAAUAUUGUGAAUCUCUUCCGUUUUUCGGAUCAGUUUUAAUGUUGGUAAACUUGAAUUUUGUACAACUUUGGCUGUUGCUAGACGUAUUUUUAUUAAUUGUUUACACUGUCUGAAUUGUAAAUAAACGUAUUGCUUUUUAUUUAAAGCCA